CGAUUCUCUUCGAACCUGGAACUUCGAAGCCAAGGGCAUGCUUUCGCGAAUCAGGCGAGGGAAUUCGUUCAGACUAACUUAGAAGCAAUCUGUCUCGAGAAUGUGCAGGCAUUCAUCCUGGUGGGUAAUGUCUGCCUCGCUGAGUCGAAUCCUGAUUCCGAAUCCCUCUAUUUUGCAAUUGCCAACCGUAUGGCUCAACUAUUACAACUAUCCAAAGAGGAUCCAGUCGACGAUGAAGUCUCACGAGAAGUGAAGCGCCGGGUUUGGUGGAGUCUCUACCUGAUUGAUCGGUGGGCCAGCGCUGGGCUGGGGCUGCCGAGACAUUUCCAUAAUGGUGGACUAGUCCCUCGACUCCCUAUGGACGAAGUCAUGUUUUCGCAGCUCAAUGUGACAGGUGGUCCACAUAAUGCUAAAGAUAUGAACAAUUGGCAACCUGGGAUUUGGAGCCACAUGAUUUCCUUGGUCGAAAUCUUUGGUCAUAUUCAGGAUCUGAACCAUGAAUUGGUUGAUCAAACACACUGGGACGAAAAUUCCAUUGAGUCAAGAGUGCUGUCAUUGGCGGAGCAGUUAGCCAAGUUCGAGUACGAGUUGCCACCAGCAAUGGUCUACACCAUCGAGAAUCUCGACUUUCAUGUUGGGCGAGGGAUCGGAAGGACAUUUGUGGCAUUGCAUCUGGGCUACCACCACUAUUGCACUCUUCUAUACUAUCAAUAUCUCGACCAGCGCCGACCGCCGACCUCCAACACGAGGGUGUUUGCUCAGCGCUGCAAGCAUCAUGCUACAGAAUACUGUGAGCUCAUCCGCACCUCCGAUCAACACGGCGGAGCAGAAGCCCUGUACAACAUUGUUGGACAUAUGACCGUUGUUUCAUCCUCGGUUCUUUUACAUACACUACUUCUUGGCGAUGAUCACGAGCUUCCAAUGGCAAGGCAUCGCCUGGAGUCAAAUUUCGAGUUCUUGGUCAAGUUGAGAGAGAUCUGGCCCAGCGUCGAUAUCAUGAUGAAACGGUUGAUAGAUUUUCAAGAGGCUUGCCUGCGGACGGCUCAGAGUGACACACAUCGCUUUGAUAAGUGGAUGGUCAAGUUUUUGCUGCAGCAUGCACUGGCUUUGGACGAGAAAGAUUCGCCCACGAUGCCCUCGCCGUCAACACUUCCUAUUGGUCCAGUCGAAGACGAGAGACUUCUCGAGCGAAGCCGUGUCACGGAAAGCAUUAUU